GAGUCGGCGCCUGCGUACUAAGACCCGUGUGCAGCAGCGGCGGCGGUAGAGGCGGCGGCGGCGGCGGCAGCGGGCUCGGGGGCAGCGGUUGGGCUCGCGGCGAGCGGACGGAGUCGAGUCAGUGCGUUCGCGCGAGUUGGAAUCGAAGCCUCUUAAAAUGGCAGAUGAUUUGGACUUCGAGACAGGAGAUGCAGGGGCCUCAGCCACCUUCCCAAUGCAGUGCUCAGCAUUACGGAAGAACGGCUUUGUGGUGCUCAAAGGCCGGCCAUGUAAGAUCGUCGAGAUGUCUACUUCGAAGACUGGCAAGCACGGCCAUGCCAAGGUUCACCUGGUUGGUAUUGACAUCUUUACUGGGAAGAAAUACGAAGAUAUCUGCCCAUCAACUCAUAAUAUGGAUGUCCCAAACAUCAAAAGGAAUGACUUCCAGCUGAUUGGCAUCCAGGACGGGUACCUGUCACUGCUUCAGGACAGUGGGGAAGUGCGAGAGGACCUUCGUCUGCCUGAGGGAGACCUCGGCAAGGAGAUUGAGCAGAAGUAUGACUGUGGAGAAGAGAUCCUGAUCACGGUGCUGUCUGCCAUGACAGAGGAGGCAGCUGUUGCAAUCAAGGCAAUGGCAAAAUAACUGGCUCCCAGGGCGGCGGUGGUGGCAGCAGUGAUCCGAGCCUGCAGAGGCCCCUCCCCCAGCCUGGUUCUGCUCUGGCUGGCCCUUGGCUGGACUCUAUACAAUUUAUUUGACGUUUUAUUUUGGUUUUCCACACCCCCCCAAACUGUCGGGGAGCCCCUGCCCUUCAACUAGCUCCCUUGGCCAGGAGAAAGGGAGCCAUGGCCUUGGUGAAGCUGCCCUCCUCUUCCCUUGCACUACAGCCCUGGUGGGGGAAAGGGGAUGGGUGCUGCUUGUGGUUUAGGUUUUUUUUUUUUUCUUUUUUUUUUUUUUUUAAUUCAGCUUGGAAUCAGAAAGCUGUAGAUUCUGGCAAAUGGUCCUUGUCCCCUUUCUCCCACUUGUCCCUGGUCUAGUCCCUGUUCUCCAUAACUCUUCACCUCCAGGCACCACGUGUACAGACUGGGGACCAGUCCCCUUCCCUGCCUGUAUUGUGUCUCUUCCCAAACCCCUUUAGGGGUAGCAAGAAGAGGAGAGGGGAGGGGACCUGCUCCCUCCUCAGGCACCUGAGAGGGCCCUGCCCCCAUGGGCUUCAUCUUCUCCUGCGGGCUCUCCCUGACACAUUUGUUAAAUCAAACCUGAAUAAAACAACAAGUUUACUAUGAA